GACCAAACCUGAGAAAAUCUCUCUUUUGGUCCCAGCCCUGGGCAGGCCAGGUCUUCAUGCUGCUUUGGGUGUCACUGCUGGUCCUGGCUCCUAUCAGUGGACAGUUUGCAACUUCAUCCAAAUCUGUGAUUUCUGUCCAUCCUCCAUGGACCGUUGCCUUCCCAGGAGAGAAGGUGAAACUGGUUUGCAGUGGAUCUCAUUUCAAGCGACCAGAGAUGUCAACACCAUACCGUUGGUAUUAUAGGGGGAAACAAAUAAGCGAAACCUCAAGUAACACCUAUGAGGUUCACAAUUCUGGAGAGUACAGAUGCCAGGCCCCAGACUCAAUAAAAAGUAGCUCUGUGAGCUUGCUCUUUUCUCAAGCUACCCUGAUCCUUCAGGCUCCACUUUAUGUGUUUGAAGGAGACUCUGUGGUUCUGAGAUGCCGAGCAAAGGCAGGAGUAGCACUGACUAAUGUGAUCCUAUACAAGAAUGAUAGAUUGCUGGCAUUCCUUAGUAACACCUCUGACUUUCACAUUCGUCAAGCAGAUCUGAAGGACAAUGGAGCAUAUCAGUGUAGUGGAUUUAAGAAAGACAGUAGCUCUGUUGUUUCAAACAGAGUCAAGAUCCAAGUCCAAGAGCUGUUUUCACCUCCUGUGAUGAAAGCCAGCUCCUUCCAGCCAAUCGAGGGGGAACUCGUGACCCUGACCUGUGAGACCCAGCUCCCUUCACAGAAGUCAGAUGUCCGGCUCCAGUUCUGCUUCUUCAAAGAUGGACAGACUCUGCAGUCAGGGUGGAGCAGCUCCCCAGAAUUCCAGAUCAACACCAUAUGGAGAGAAGACUCAGGGUCUUACUGGUGCCAGGCACAGGCAGUGACUUCCCGUGUCUGGAAACAGAGCCAGAUAUCCAAGAUAUAUGUGCAGAGAGGUGUUGCCAAGGUCCAAAUACACACCCGCCCUGCCUUAGAGUUCGUGAUUCCAGGACAGGAAUUGGUCCUCAUCUGCUCAGUAGAUGGAGUCCCAGGGCAUGUCAGAAUCUCCUGGUACAAAACAUCAAACAGGGAAAGUAUGAAAAUAAAGAUUCAGAAUUCCCUGAAAGCGGAAUUCAAGAUCUCCAUGGUGAAAAACAGCGAUGCUGGAGAGUAUUACUGUGAAGCCAACAAUGGUGGCCGCUCCUUUCUCAGCAAGCCAGUGACCAUCAAUGUGAGAGUUCCUGUAUCUCCUCCUGGCCUCACUCUCAGCCCUCCUGGGGACCGGGCUCUUGAAGGAGAUAUGGUAACACUUCACUGUGAAGCCCAGAGAGGUUCUCUUCCGAUCCAGUACCAGUUUUUUCAUGAAGAUGUAUUUCUCAAGGAGAUAGAAGUCACUUCAUUGAGAACAAGUUCCUUCAGCUUCUCUCUGACUGCAGAGCAUUCUGGGAACUACUAUUGCACCGCUGACAAUGGCCUGGGGGCCCAGCGCAGCAGAGCAGUGCACCUCUCCGUCAUCGUUCCAGUGUCUCAUCCUGUCCUCACCCUCAGCCCUCCUGGGCCCUGGGCUGUUGAGGGAGAUUUGAUGACACUUCACUGUGUAGCCCAGAAAGGCUCUCCCCCAAUCCAGUACCGGUUUUAUCAUGGGGACGUCACCCUGGGGAGCAGUUCAGUCCCGUCUGGAGGAGGAGCAUCCUUCAGCUUCUCUCUGACCUCAGAGCUCUCUGGGAACUACCACUGUACAGCUGACAAUGGCUUUGGUUCCCAUAAAAGUGAGGCCAUUAGCCUCUCUGUCACAGUUCCAGUGUCUCGCCCUGUCCUCACCAUCAGGACUCCCAGGGCCCAGCCUGUGGUUGGGGACAUAGUGGAGCUUCACUGUGAGGCCCAGAGAGGCUCUCCCCCAAUCCUGUACCAGUUUUAUCAUGAGGAUGUCACCCUGGGGAGCAGCUCAACUCCCUCUGGAGGAUCUUCCUUGAGCCUCUUUCUGACUGAAGAACAUUCUGGAAAAUAUGCCUGUGUGGUCAGCAAUGGCUUGGGGUCUCAGCGCAGUGACACAGUAUCACUCAGUGUCAGAGUUCCAGUGUCUCAUGCUGUCCUCACCCUUAGGGCUCCCAGGGCCCAGACUGUGGAGGGGGACAUGGUGGAGCUUCACUGUGAGGCCCGGAGAGGCUCUCCCCCCAUCUGGUACCAGUUUUAUCAUGAAGAUGUCACCCUGGGGAGCAGCUCGGCCCCCUCUGGAGGAGGAGCAUCUUUCAACCUCUCCCUGACUGCAGAACAUUCUGGAAACUACUCCUGCAAGGCCAACAAUGACCUGGGGGCCCAGCACAGUGAGGUGGUGACAUUCAAUGUCUUAGUUCCAGUGUCUCGCCCUGUCCUCACCCUCAGGGCUCCCAGGUCCCAGGCUAUGGUGGGGGACAUGGUGGAGCUUCACUGUGAGGCCCAGAGAGGCUCUCCUCCGAUCCUGUACCAGUUUUAUCAUGAGAACGUCACUCUGGAGAGCAGCUCGGCCCCCUAUGGAGGAGGAGCAUCCUUCAACCUCUCUCUGACCACACAGCAUUCUGGGAACUACUCCUGUGAAGCCAACAAUGGCCUGGGGGCCCAGCACAGUGAGGCAGUGACGCUUUCCAUCACAGGGCUGACAGGGAGCAGAAGCGGCCCUGUCGCCACAGGUGUCACUGGUGGACUGCUCAGCCUGUUGGGCCUUGCUGCUGCGGCACUGCUGCUCUAUUACUGGCUCCCAAGAAAAGCAGGAGGAAAGUCUAACUCCGACCCUUCCAGGAGGCCUUCAAGCUCAGACUCCCAAGAACCCACCUACCACAAUGUGCCAACCUGGAUAGAACUGCAACCAGUGUACAGCAAUGGUGAGGAGCGGGGACCCUCCAUUGGGCAGGGACCCCAGGGUUGA